CCGAAGGAAAUGGGUCAGUCCCCUCUCUCUCUCUCUCUCUCUCUCUCUGGUGUUUGCUUCUAUGCCGACACAAGAACGAUAUUACCUCAAUUUUCUCUUGGCACGGUGCUGUUCGAUAACGUUAGAAAGUAGCAGCAUUUGAUAUGAAAUGCACCUUCCUAACAUGCCAAAUUCCAAGCCUCCUUCUUUUCGUGACCCAGUUACGUAAACCAUCCCACACUUGUCGAAGUACACUGCACAUUGCUUGUCCCCAACAGAACAUAGGUUUUAUCCUUUAAACUUCCUCUUUUGUUUCUCUUCCAUUCUUCACUUUCCGUUCCUUCGUGGCCAAGAUUGCGUAAUUUUGUGGCAAAAGGCCAAAAGGGGUUCCGAGUUUUUGUGUGGUUGUGAUGUUUUUGUUUGUUGACUAGUGACACUCAGUUCCUUUUCAAGCAUAGUGGUUAGGGAAGUUGCUUUUUAAGACUAGGUAAGGUUACCGAUUUGUCUGCUAGUGUUGGACUUUGCUUCAGGGAUUGGGAAGAGUAAUUAGUCCACCUUAUUGACCCUUGUUGCCUUUAUUAUUGCUAUCAUUUUGGAAUUUGGAUCAAUCACUUAUACCAUUUAGAUAGAAGAAGAUGAGGGGUGGGAGAAAGAGGAGUAUGAUAAAGCUUAAGUUUAGCAAGAUCUACUCAUUUGCUUGUGGUAGAACAACCUUGAGGAGAGAACAUUCGCGGAUUGGGGGACAUGGUCAUUCCAGGGUUGUUUUCUGCAAUGAACCUGAUAGGUUUGAGGUAGGGGUUUUGAAUUAUGCUGAUAAUUCUGUUAGGUCCACAAAAUACACGGUUGCUACUUUCUUGCCAAAGUCACUUUUUGAGCAGUUUAGGAGGGUGGCUAAUUUCUAUUUCUUGGUGGCUGGGAUCUUGGCCUUCACAAAGCUUACUCCUUAUACUGCUGUCAGUGCUAUCCUUCCACUCUCUAUCAUCAUUGGGGCAACUAUGGUGAAAGAGGGUAUUGAAGACUGGCGCAGGAAAAAGCAGGAUAUUGAGGUGAACAAGAGAAGAGUUAUAUUGCAUAAAGGUGAUGGCAUUUUUGAAUAUACUGAAUGGAAGAAUCUGAGAGUAGGGAAUAUAGUGAAGAUAAUGAAGGAUGAAUUCUUCCCUGCUGACCUCCUACUGCUUUCCUCCAGUUAUGAGGAUGCAGUAUGCUAUGUUGAGACCAUGAACUUGGAUGGUGAAACAAAUUUGAAAUUAAAACAAGGGUUGGAUGUAACUUCUUCCUUACAGGAGGACUUCAAAAUAUGUGAUUUUAGAGCUGUCAUCAAAUGUGAGGACCCAAAUGCAAAUCUGUAUUCUUUUGUUGGGAGCAUGGAGUUUGAAGAGCAAAAGUACCCUCUUUCUGCUCAGCAACUUCUUCUAAGAGACUCCAAACUUCGCAAUACAGACUAUGUGUUUGGAGCCGUCAUCUUUACCGGUCAUGACACAAAGGUUAUUCAAAACUCCACUGAUCCUCCUUCAAAAAGAAGCAAAAUUGAGAAGAAGAUGGAUAAGAUUAUCUACUUCUUGUUUUGUGUUUUAUUUCUAAUUGCAUUUGUUGGAUCUAUUAUCUUUGGCAUCAUAACCAAAGGAGACCUGAAAAAUGGGUUGAUGAAAAGAUGGUAUCUAAGACCAGAUAGUUCCACAAUUUUCUUUGAUCCAGAGAGAGCAGCUGCAGCUGCUAUAUUUCAUUCUUUAACAGCCUUAAUGUUAUAUAACUUCUUUAUUCCUAUCUCUCUGUAUUUCUCAAUAGAAAUUGUCAAAGUCCUUCAGAGCAUCUUCAUCAAUCAAGAUAUCCACAUGUACUAUGAAGAAGCAGACAAACCAGCUCGUGCCCGUACUUCAAACUUGAAUGAGGAACUAGGCCAAGUUGACACAAUACUUUCUGAUAAAACUGGGACUCUGACCUGCAACUCAAUGGAGUUCAUCAAAUGUUCUGUUGCUGGGGUAGCUUAUGGUCAUGGUGUAACAGAGGUUGAGCAAGUCACCGGAAGAAGUAACGGUUCACCUAUUCUUCAUGAGCAUAUUAAUGGUCUAAAAUCAAAAUCUAAUGAAAUCGGGGACUCUCGAGAUAGAAAAGAGCCUAUUAAAGGUUUUAACUUUACAGAUGAAAGGAUAAUGAAUGGGAACUGGGUUAAUGAACCUUUUGCUGAUGUUAUACAAAAGUUUUUUCGCUUAUUGGCAAUUUGUCAUACUGCCAUACCAGAAGUGGAUGAAGAAACAGGAAAUGUCUCAUAUGAGGCUGAAUCUCCAGAUGAAGCAGCAUUUGUGAUUGCUGCAAGUGAAGUUGGUUUUAAAUUCUACAAAAGGACCCAGAAUUGCUUGUCAACGUAUGAGUUGGAUCCUGUUUCUGGUAAUGAAGUUGAAAGGACAUACAAGCUUCUCAAUGUUUUAGAGUUUAGUAGUUCAAGGAAGCGAAUGUCAGUGAUAGUGAAAGAUGAAGAAGGGAGAAUUUUACUACUCUCUAAAGGUGCUGACAGUGUCAUGUUUGAAAGGCUUGCCAACAGUGGGAGGACGUUUGAAGAGAAAACAAUGGAACAUGUGCAUCAAUAUGCUGAUGCAGGUCUAAGGACUCUAAUUCUUUCUUAUCGUGAACUUGAUGAAGAAGAAUUCAAGGAGUUUGAUGGUAAAUUGUCUGAAGUAAAAAAUUCAGUCUCAGAAGACCGGGAAACACUGAUUGAAGAAUUAUUGGAUACGAUUGAGAGGAAUCUAAUCCUUCUUGGUGCCACUGCUGUAGAGGACAAGCUCCAAAAUGGGGUUCCUGAUUGUAUCGACAAGCUAGCCCAAGCUAAGAUUAAGAUUUGGGUUUUGACUGGAGAUAAAAUGGAGACUGCCAUCAAUAUUGGUUUCUCUUGUCGCUUGCUUAGACAAGGAAUGAAACAAAUUAUAAUUCAUUUGGAUAUUCCAGAAAUUCAAGCGUUAGAAAAGGUUGGAGACAAGAUGGCUGUUGUGAAGGUAUCAAGGGAAAGUGUGCAUCAUCAGCUAUCUGAAGGUGCUCAACUGCUUUUUGCAUCCAGAGGGACUUGCCAGCAGACAUUUGCUCUGAUCAUUGAUGGAAAAUCACUAACAUAUGCUCUAGAGGAUAAUAUGAAAAACAUGUUUCUAGAGCUUGCAAGUCAUUGUGCAUCUGUUAUCUGCUGCCGUUCAUCGCCAAAGCAGAAGGCUCUGGUUACUAGACUGGUCAAAUCUGGAACUGGUAAAACAACAUUAGCUAUUGGUGAUGGAGCUAAUGAUGUCGGAAUGCUUCAAGAAGCAGACGUAGGGAUUGGAAUCAGUGGCGUCGAAGGAAUGCAGGCCGUCAUGUCUAGUGAUAUUGCAAUUGCGCAGUUCAAGUAUUUGGAAAGAUUACUUCUUGUACAUGGACAUUGGUGUUACCGGAGGAUGUCAUCAAUGAUAUGCUAUUUUUUCUUUAAGAACAUCACAUUUGGAUUCACCCUAUUCUUGUAUGAGGUGUAUGCAUCAUUCUCUGGACAGCCUGCAUACAAUGACUGGUUUUUGUCUCUCUAUAGUGUCUUCUUUUCGUCACUUCCUGUAAUUGCCCUUGGGGUCCUUGACCAGGAUGUAUCUGCCAGGUACUGCCUGAAGUUUCCGAUCUUAUACCAAGAAGGGGUGCAAAAUGUCCUCUUUAGCUGGCGUAUAGUACUUAGUUGGAUGCUUAAUGGAUUUAUUAAUGCCACAAUGAUAUUCUUCUUCUGCACAAAAGCAAUUGAGCCUCAGGCCUUUGAUGAGGAGGGAAGAACGGCCGGAAGGGAUAUGCUGGGCGUGACAAUGUAUACUUGCGUGGUUUGGGUGGUGAACUUGCAGAUGGCACUUGCUAUACGUUAUUUCACCUUGAUACAACAUAUUUUUAUCUGGGGUUCCAUUGCUUUCUGGUAUCUUUUCCUCCUGGCAUAUGGAGCAAUGCCUCCAAAAUUUUCUACAAAUGUUUAUCAAGUCUUCAUUGAAACUCUCGCCACAUCUCCUUCCUUUUGGGCUGUGACAUUCUUUGUGGCGAUCUCAACACUUAUACCAUACUUCACAUUCUCAGUAAUUCAGAUGUGGUUCUUCCCCAUGUAUCACCAAAUGGUACAGUGGAUAAGGUAUGAGAGGAAGACAAAUGCCACUGAAUAAAAAUACUGUGAUAUAAUGAGCAAAUAUCAUUAUGGCCGACCACAACGAGUUCAACAGCACAUUUUGCAGCUGAUGCUAACCACAGAUAGGCAGAAUUACUAACCAUAGAUAAUAUAUGUAUAGUGACAUUCCAAAGGGUGUGUUAAGAGUUAUAACUAUUUGACUGAAAAGUUAUUAUAGUAUAUAUGGCAAUGAUGGAUGUUGGAACAAUUGAGAAUGACACGAAGUGAGUGUAAUUUAGUGAGAUUUUGGUUGA